GGUCAUUCCAUCGCUUGCUCUGAGCCGCUCAUCAUGCUCCAGCGCCUCCGCCACACGCCUGCCCUCCGCACCAUGACCCGCGCUGCUAGCACGUCGACCAAGCUCACUGUCGGCGCGAAGCUGCCGGCGACGACGCUCACGGAGCACCGGUUGCUUGAAGGCGAGGGCUAUGCCAUUGGCGCUAGCCCCAUCGACCUCCAAGCGGCCUCGAAGAGCAAGACGGUGGCCAUCUUUGGCCUCCCCGGCGCCUUCACGCCGACGUGCUCCGAGUCGCACUUUCCGGCGUUCCUCGACCACCACAAGGACUUUGUGGCCGCGGGGGUCGACGAGAUUUGGUGCAUUGCGGUCAACGACCCGUUCGUCAUGGGCGCGUGGGGUCGCUCGCUCAACGCGACGGGCAAGAUCCGCAUGAUCAGCGACGGGGACGCGGCCUGGACCAAGGCCAACGACCUCGUCUUCGACUUGACGGGCAAGAACAUGGGCGUUCGCAGCACGCGCUACUCGCUCCUCGUCAAGGACGGCAUCCUCGCUGCCGUCAACGUCGAUGCUCCCGGCAAGUUUGAAGUCAGCGACGCCGCGACGCUCCUUGCGCAGGCCAAGAAGCUCUAAGUCUCUCUGUUCACCGUCAUCCCAAACAGUCGUUUCUUCCACUCA